AUGGAUCAUGAGAAGGGAAAGGACGUUGCAGACCAGGCGGACAACAGUGACAAUAUGGUCGGCCUAGACAUGACAAUCAUCGCGACCGCUAUCCCCAAGAUCACUGAAGACUUUCCUGGUGUUAACCUCAUCGGCUGGUACUCAUCAGCUUUUUUCAUCUCUCUGGCUUGCACACAGCCGUUCUGGGGCAAGGUAUAUCCCUUCUUCUCCAUCAAAUACACCUUCCUCGUGGUUGUCUUCAUCUUCGGCGUCGGAGCCCUGAUCGGCGGCCUCGCACCCAACAGCACAGUCCUCAUCCUCGGCCGCGCCAUCCUAGGCGCGAGCGCCGCCGGGAUCGCAGCAGGCGGAUACGCCAUCCUGGGCGUCACCGUCCGCCCGGGGCUCCGGCCCGUGUUCACGGGCCUCAUCAACACGGUGUAUAGCCUCGCCAGCGUCCUGGGCCCCAUCCUUGGCGGCGCCUUCACCCAGCGGUCGACAUGGCGCUGGUGUUUCUAUGUGAACCUGCCCGUCGCCGCCGUCUCGGCCGCCGUGAUUCUGUUCCUGUUCCACCCGCCCCCGCCAUCCACCAGCGCACGCCGCUCGAGGGCGCUGCCGCUCAGGGAGAAGCUGUCCCACUUGGACCCUGUUGGCAUCCUCCUCGUGCUCGCAGCUCUGGUCUGCUUCACGCGUGCGGUCGAGGUGGCUGGCAUCCAUCGGGCGUGGGGCUCAGCCGAGGUCAUCGGCCUCUUCGUUGGCUCGGGCGUCGCUCUGAUAGCCUUCGUGGUCUCCCAGUACCUCCAAGGUGAUCACGCCCUCCUCGUGUCGAGACUCGUGAGGCAGCGCGGCGUAUACAUGAGCAUGGGCUUUGGGUUCUUCCACGAGGGUGCCUUCUGCCUCCUGCUUUAUUACAUCCCAAUCUACUUUUAG